AUGGAUACAAAUUCGUUCAACUUAGGAUGUGCUAUUAUUGCAUCUGCCCCUCUUAUUGUCGGACAUCUAGUUUUUCACGACAACGUCAGAUAUAUCCUCUUUUCAUGGUUCUGCGCUUUUGUAUCAACUUUAUUGUUGAUCAUUUGCUCAUUGACACCUCUAAUCACGAAAAACUACUUCCUAAUAUUAUUUAUUUCAUGUCCAAUUGAUACUCUUGGCAAAUUAAUUCUUUCAAUUAUCGCAAAAAAGCUUAAAUUUUUACAAACACCAGUUACUCGUAUUUCUGUUGGCUUAUGCUGCGGCCUUGGUUACGGACUUGCUCAUGUACUGACAAUGUAUUUACCAAUUGUCAUGGAUCAGCCAUUUUCAAUAGAUUUUUCGUCAAGUCAUCCAUUUUGGUUCCCAAGUGCCCUUGAUUUAGCUUUUGUUUACCACGCUCUUUCCGUAUUCCAUAUGGCAACUUCUUUAUUCUUCAUCAGAUUCUGGGAUAAGAAUCUUUUCAUUCUCUAUUUAAUCGGAACAGUUGCUCAUCUCCUUAUUUCAUACAUUACAAUUAUUCCAUAUUUCUGGCUUAAGAUCCCGAUUUUAAUGGUUCUUUCUUACGUUUCUUUGUAUUAUACAACAGGAUUAUAUAAGUCUCUUGAUUAUCAGCCAAUUGAUAAUGUUCCAGAAGAUGAAGUCGAAAAUUAUGACGAAAACAAGCUUCAAGCUGAUUCUGCGGAAUCUAAUAAUAAUUAA